AUGAACGUAUAUGAUCUAGAUGAUUUUGUUGAAAUUACUGAAGUUAAUUUAAAUAAAAGUGAAGAAAAUACUAAUUUAAGUGAAGAAUUAAAUUUAUUAUUAAAUAAUAUUCUAAAUUUAGAUAAAUUUGAAAAUGAAUUUGAAGAAGAUGAUCUUAGUAUGGAUGAAGAUUAUUAUGAUGAAUAUAGAGAAGAAACUUCUUUAGCAAAUCAAUUACAAGAAGAUAUUGAUUGGAAUCCAAUUGAAGAA